GCAUGUUCACUGUAUUACGAAACUGUAAGUUUCACUCUAUUAUUGAUCUUAGGAUCCGGUUAGUUCAUUCACAAACGAAAAUGAUGAAGCGAUUUUCACUUCAAAGAGUGAGGAAUUUAACGGCUUCAAGGCAUCUGGCUUUUGCUUCUGUGAACUCUCGUUUCUCUACUGCGACUGAAUCUUCUUUUAAUCGCCGUACUCCUCCGAGGGUUCCUAAUCUUAUAGGAGGUGCUUUUGUUGAUUCAAAAUCAACAUCAACCAUUGAUGUUUUAAACCCUGCGACACAAGAAGUUGUUUGUCAAGUUCCUUUAACUACAAAUGAAGAGUUUAAAGCUGCAGUGGCUGCUGCAAAGCAAGCUUUCCUUUCAUGGCGAAAUACCCCAAUUACAACUCGUCAGCGUAUUAUGCUCAAACUACAAGAGCUUAUUCGUAGGGACAUGGAUAAACUUGCCAAGAAUAUUACAACUGAACAGGGCAAGACAUUGAAGGAUGCUCAUGGGGAUGUCUUUCGGGGGCUUGAGGUGGUGGAACACAGUUGUGGAAUGGCAACCCUGCAAAUGGGGGAGUAUGUGCCCAAUGUAGCUAAUGGAAUUGAUACGUAUAGUCUUAGAGAGCCACUUGGUGUUUGUGCUGGGAUUUGCCCCUUCAACUUUCCUGCAAUGAUUCCCUUAUGGAUGUUCCCUGUCGCAGUUACAUGUGGUAAUACCUUUAUUUUAAAGCCAUCAGAAAAAGAUCCUGGGGCAUCCAUAAUGCUGGCUGAGUUGGCAAUGGAAGCUGGUCUGCCCCGUGGUGUCUUAAAUAUAGUUCAUGGCACCAAUGACAUUGUUAAUGCUAUUUGUGACGAUGACAAUAUCAGAGCCAUAUCAUUUGUUGGUUCCAAUACUGCUGGCAUGCACAUAUACGGAAGAGCUUCUGCUAAAGGAAAACGUGUACAGUCCAACAUGGGGGCCAAAAAUCAUGGAAUUGUCAUGCCGGAUUCAAACAAGGAAGCUACACUAAAUGCUCUACUUGCUGCUGGUUUUGGUGCUGCCGGGCAAAGGUGCAUGGCACUUAGCACAGUAGUCUUUGUUGGUGACUCAGAAACUUGGGUGAAUGACCUGGUAGAACAUGCCAAAGGUCUUAAAGUGAAUGCUGGAAUCGAACCUGAUGCAGACCUCGGUCCAGUUAUUAGCAAAGAGGCUAAAGAACGAAUAUGCAGAUUAGUUCAAUCAGGAGUUGAUAGUGGAGCCAAACUACUGCUUGAUGGGAGAAAUAUUGUGGUUCCGGGAUAUGAGAAAGGCAAUUUUAUUGGUCCUACAAUUUUAUCUGAUGUCACAGCUGACAUGGAGUGUUAUAAGGAGGAAAUCUUUGGCCCAGUUCUUAUUUGCAUGAAGGCUGACAGCUUGGACGACGCGAUAAGCAUUGUUAAUCGAAACAAAUAUGGUAAUGGUGCUUCUAUAUUCACUACUUCCGGUGCUGUAGCAAGGAAAUUCCAGACAGAGAUCGAGGCUGGGCAGGUUGGCAUCAAUGUUCCCAUACCAGUUCCCUUGCCGUUUUUCUCAUUUACUGGCAGCAAGGCAUCUUUCGCGGGUGACCUUAACUUUUACGGGAAGGCUGGCGUUAACUUUUUCACGCAGAUUAAAACAGUGACUCAACAAUGGAAGGAUUUACCUAGCGGAGUUUCCCUAGCGAUGCCAACGUCGCAGAAGUUGUAAUCAUGAUGUCGGAUUGUUCUUUCAGGAGUUCCCUGUCUGCUAUGAACUAAUGUCCAGAUAAAUGGGGACAAAUGCUGAAAAUCGUUUUAGGGCGGAAAUAAUGUUUCUUAAUGUUGAAGUAAAACUAGUACCUUCAGAAAAAACAAUAGUUUGCUGAGCUUCUCUUCGUUU